AUGAGAAGCCUUGCAGCGGUGACCUUUGAGGAUGUAACCAUUGACUUCACCCAGGAGGAGUGGGCCCUGCUGGACACGACUCAGAGGAAGCUCUUCAGAGAAGUGACACUGGAGACUCUGGGCUACCUGGUGUCCGUGGGUGAGUCGGCAUCCACAUCUGACUUGCCUUACCCUUUGGAACAAGAAGAGCUGUGGAGUGUGGGAAGCAGAUUUCCCCGGGACCAGAGUGCAGGUGAGAGCAGAAAUGGUUCUCAAGAGAUGUACCUGUGGUCAGUGGUUCUCAGUGAGGAGACGUACCUGUGGUCAAUGAUGGUUCUCAGUGAGGAAACGUACCUGUGGUCAAUGGUUCUCAGUGAGGAGACGUACCCGUGGUCAGUGGUUAUGAGUGAGGAGACGUACCCAUGUCGAGCCUUCAGCAACUGCUCGGGCCUCCGGCGCCACGAGAUGAGCCACACGGGCGAGUGGCCGUUCGUGUGCUGCGUGUGUGGGAACGCCUUCAUCCAGAGCUCCGACCUGAGGAAUCACAGGCUCACGCACACCGGGGAGCGGCUCUACACGUGCCACCUUUGUGGCCGCACCUUCAGCCAGUCGUCCAACCUGCGGCAGCACGAGCACACGCACACGGGCGAGCAGCCCUUCUGCCCACGCUGUGCCAAGGCCUUCGGCAAGUGCUCGGCCCUGCGGCGCCACGAGCGCACGCACACUGGGGAGAGGCCAUACGCCUGA